AGUAAAUAAAAACUCUAUCCUUUAUGGUAUCGUUAUGUUGUUCAGUGAUUACUUUGGCAUAUACGAAAUAUUCGGUUAUGCGUCGUUAGUUUUAUAAGCAGUUGUUGGCAUGCUAUACUUCAGGCUGCAGCUUUCGUAAAUAAACCUUAACAUUAAGAUAUGACGUGCGGAUUAACAACCAGCUAAACAAAGCUAAAUGUUCUUUUUACCUCAAUAGUAAUAUUUACUCUUACAUCUAAUCUCUCUGUAAGUACUCUCGGGAAAAUGUCGAAACGAACGCAGUUUCUGGAGUCUGUCCAUCAUGAACACGUCCUGGACUUUCUGAACUUCAUCAAGUUGCAUAAGGAUGGAGCAGAUCCAUUUGACCUGAUGGAGGUUCUGUCAGAGCUGCAGAGAAGUCAGAGGCAGGAGCUGUGGGAGAGACUGUUAAAAUUACUACAGCACACCCUCACUGCUUAUCCUCCAGAGCGCUGGAUCACUGGAGCUGAAGAGGAUGCUGGAGACAUGGAGGUAGAGGUUUCCGAAGAGCAGAUGCAGGCCAUGACAAUAAUAGAGGGUGUCACAAUUGUUUCUACAGUGUCUGUAGACAUUUUGCAAGAAAACGACACUUAUACCUCUCUUCUUGGCUGUGCUCAGAUGCUCAAUUGUAUAGAGAGUGCUUUGCCACUGUCACAGACACCCCUUCAGCAGGCUAUUCACUGGCUGUUUGAAUGCUGGUGGAAGCGAGAUCUCAAAGGGAAGGAGGAGCUUGGUUGGACUACCUUCCUUGUCUGUUUGGAAAACACUGUUACACUUGAGAAACCGACGAGUGAGCUCAGAAGGUUGUGUUCUCUACGAGAGGUGCUUCUCAGUGUGGACUUUGCAUCUGAAAGAGGUCAGCAGGUCAUUGAUCCUCUGCUCCAAUGUUUCUUCAGCCCCUCUCAUAUCAAACAAGAAGAAGGGAAACGGUUCCUUGCCUUCCUCUUCUCCUGGAAUGAAAGCUUCAUUCGGAUGAUUCAUGAAACUAUUAAGAACCAGCUGCAGUUCUUCCCAAAAGCUCUGUCUGUACAUGUGGCUGAGAUUUACUUUAGAGCAUGGAGGAAAGCAUCAGGCUCUUUCCUGGAGGAAAUUGAAUCCACCUGCAUCCAAGACUUAAUGGAGCACGCUAUGUUGCUGCACAGAAACUCACCUGUACACAGCAAAGUCAGACAGAUCCUUACCUAUUUUCACAAGCAGAAGUUUCGGGAGGGAGUUGAUGAGAUGCUGCACAGACUAUACAUGCCAAUUCUGUGGAAAGCACUAAAGGCCACUAAUGCUGAGGUCCGUGCCAAUGCCACACUGCUCUUUAUGGAGGCUUUUCCCAUCCAUGACCCCAACAUGGACAGUGAGAUGGUAGACCAGGCUGUUCAGAAACAACUGGAUUUGCUUUUUGCUCUUCUUGAUGACCCCCAGCCCCUGGUGCGCUCAUCCGCAGUGCUGGGCGUGUGUUCUGUCCUGGCACGUUGCUGGGAGGUCAUCCCUUCUACGAUCAUAACAGACCUUCUGCAGAAGCUCAUACUGCAGCUGGCUAAUGACAGCAGCUCUCCAGAUGUCCGCUGCUCUGUUUUUAUGUGCAUGUCUAUAAUUCUGGAUAACAGUUUAAGCCAUCCACUCAUUGAAAAACUAUUGCCUGCACUGAAGAGCAGCCUCCAUGAUAGCUCUGAAAAGGUGCGAGUUGCAUUUGUGGGCAUGCUCCUUAAGAUCAAGGGUGUCCGGGCAGCCAAGUUUUGGAAAGUGUGUUCCCUGGAACAUCUGCUGGCUCGUUUGGAGAUCGACUCACCUCCUGUUUCCAAGCGAAUUGUCAAUCUCCUCUUCAACUCAUUCUUUCCAGUCAACCAGGCAGAAACUGUCUGGUGUGAACGAUGCGUCACCCUGAUUCAGACAAACCCAGGAGCAGCGCGCAAGUUUUACCGCUACGCCUAUCUGUACACUGCUCCUGCUAAUAUAGUUAAGCUGAUGUUGGUGAUCCGAAAGUGUCUGAAUGUGUGCAUUCAAAAUUCAGGAGAUGAUGAAUUUGCAUCCAGCAAUAAAGAAAACAGCACGAUGUUGGAGGAUGUUCUCUCAGUCCAAGACACUGCCUCCAUGGCCAGAUUACUGGAGAUAGUGGUCAUUCUGUGGAAAAGUGUUCAGAAAUCUCUCCAGUCAAACCAAGAGGCCUUUAAGUAUACAACAUCAAAGUUUGCCACUGUAUUGCCACAGUAUCUUAAAGUUUUUCAGGAGGAGCAGUGUAAAGCACCUCUCAUUCUUCUAGCCUCUGUGCUUCCUGCCUCUGCUGUUACAGCUCUGAGGAGUAAAGUUAUGUCUCAGUUAAGGAGUCUGAAAGCAGGUUCUGCUGUGACGGCGUACAGUCAGUCGGUGGAGUGUCUCUGUAGCUGGGGGCAGAUCAGCCAUAUUGUGGAACUGAUAGAGAACUGGCUCACAGAAGCUGCAGCUGUGAAUGGGGGUGAUGAAAAUACAACUAGCAAAGUGCAUUUUGAUGGACUAGAGGAGUCCAAGCCAGAUCUUGGCCUGGACUAUCUGGAUUACCUGCUUUUGCACCCUAAAACACGAGACUGCUUGCUGAAUAUGCCACUGGAUCAGAUCAGACAGCUACAUAAUGCUCUCAACAAAUGGAAGUCACUGCUGUUUUCCUCUCUGAAUGGAUCAGAGGUCAACGUGUCCAGCAUUGAAACAGCACUGAGAGCUUUUGUUUUUCAUGGACGACUCAGCAUCCACCUUCAACACAAAUACCCAGAGGAACGAGAGUUCCUGAGAUCAUUGGAGCAUUCUGUGUCCUGGGUGGAGACAAAAAUCCUUCCUUCACUGACCAGCUCAAGCAGUGAGCAGCAGUUUUCAUUAAGCAAGAGGACAGUGGAAAGUUGUUUAACAGUGUGCAAGAAUGUGCUGCGGGUUUCUGUAGGAGACAAUGAUUUCAGAGACCACUUACUAAAGCAUGUUGCUUCUGUUCUGCAGUCCGGAAAAGGAUACAUGUGCAUCCCUCAUGUGCUGGCUCUGCUUACUGAGAUUGCACAAUCCUGCCUUUCUCAUAAGACCGAUGGGGAGGAGGAUCAGCUGUCCCUCGCUCUCCGCAUUUUGACCAACAUCUUCCAGAAAAUUGUAGAGAUUUUGGCACAUCGGCUGCGUAAAGACAAGGAAGAGGGUGAAGAGCUGUGUUACUCUUCUGAGGAAGAUCUCCAUGACUUCCUUCUGGUGACUAAUUUUGCAACUGAGGGGUCAGAGUUCAUUACCGGAGUCUUCUCAUCACUCUGUGCUGCAGUUAUUAUUGAUAUCAGCCGCACCCUGCAGAAGCUCUCUCAUGCGGAAGAGGUGUUCACACCGGAGACUGUUAAUGACCUUCCACCUCUCUCAAAAACCAUCCUCAAAGUUAUCAUCAGCUCACCUGCAGUUACCAGGUUUUUUCUGUCUGAAAUUAGCUCCUCUGUUGAUUCAGAGGCCAUCAGUAGCAUCCCACAGUGGACUGCAGUUUCACACAUUCUAACCGUGAUCAAACAAACUGAUGCAUUUAAUGAGGAGUUGAGGGAAAUUGGAGUAUCAGUACGCAGACAAAUACAGAGCUAUUACAGCAUCACUGCAGAAAACUCUGAAAAUAUACAGAGGACCAUCUAUGAAUCCACUGUCAGGAUGCUGAAUGACAUCCUAACUCCGUGUCAACAAUAAAGCAGUUAAACAGGAAUGCUUUUCCAUUUUACAUACUACCACAAAACCUGUCAGUUUGGAAAUUGCCAUUGCGCUGUCCAUCUGAUGUACUCUUUUCAUUAUUGUUUGUACAGUUUAAGUGUAACAGUUGGUGUCUUAUGCUUUAGAUUAGUGGUGAUCAUUUUGUUUUAUUUUCGACGUUGAUAUCAAAUGAUGAUACUUCCACAUAAACACAAUCAAUAUUAAGCUUCUUAUUUCUUUACAUCGAAGAGUCCUUGAUUAAAUCUGUCCCUUUCAGUU